GGCGGGGCGGUGCUCACGCAAGAGGGUGUGCGCGGGAAAGGCGGAGUCCAGCAGGGAGAAAGCCCACCUCCGAGGCAUGGCAGAGCCAGUCAGGAAGGGGCAGCGCGGCUGCCAUCGCCGAAUAGAUACACGCCGAAUGAAGACGUUGUGUACUUCGAUCCGAGCCUCUUUGUGUCCGCCGCUGCCGUCGCUAUGCGGGAUUACGACGAUAUCAUCGCCUUCCUGGGCGAGUGGGGCCCCUUCCAGCGCCUCAUCUUCUUCCUGCUCAGCGCCAGCAUCGUCCCCAAUGGCUUCAACGGCAUGUCCGCCGUCUUCUUGGCCGGCACCCCCGAGCACCGUUGCCGGGUGCCGGCCGGCGCCAACCUGAGCGCCGAGUGGCUCAACGCCAGCAUCCCGCUAGAGGUGCGCGAUGGGCGGCAGGUGCCCAGCCGCUGCCGCCGCUACCGCCUCGAGGCCCUGCUCAACUUCUCUGCCGCCGGCCUGCAGCCCGGCCGCGACGUCAACCUCAGCCAGGUGGAGCAGGAGAAGUGCCUGGACGGCUGGGAGUACAGCCAAGACCCCUACCUCUCCACCAUCGUCAGCGAGUGGAAUUUGGUAUGUGAUGAUGACUGGAAAACCCCCUUAACUACAUCUUUGUUCUUUGUGGGUGUGCUUCUUGGAUCCUUUAUAUCAGGACAGCUCUCAGACAGGUUUGGCAGAAAAGCUGUUCUAUUUGCAACCAUGGGUGUGCAGACAGGUUUCAGCUUCCUGCAGGUCUUCUCAACCAACUGGGAAAUGUUCACAGUACUUUUUGUUAUAGUUGGCAUGGGACAGAUCUCGAACUACGUUGUGGCCUUCAUACUAGGCACAGAAAUUCUUGGCAAAUCAGUUCGUAUUAUAUUCUCUACAUUAGGAGUUUGCAUAUUUUUUGCAAUUGGCUACAUGUUGCUGCCACUAUUUGCUUACUUCAUCAGAGACUGGCGGAUGCUACUACUGGCUCUUACUGUACCUGGGGUAUGCUGCGUUCCACUAUGGUGGAUUAUUCCUGAGUCUCCUCGAUGGUUGAUCUCCCAAGGAAGAAUUGAAGAAGCUGAAGCAAUUAUUCGGAAGGCUGCAAAAAUGAAUGGAAUCCCAUCCCCAGCAAUACUGUUAGAUCCAGUAGAGGUAGAGCAUGUCAAGGCCAAGCAGCAGAAGGGCAUGAUUCUGGACCUGUUCAGAACUGGAAACGUUGCCGUUAUCACUGUCAUGUCUCUUCUUUUGUGGAUGUUUACAUCUAUAGGCUACUUUGGUCUGUCACUUAAUACCCCCAACUUGCAUGGAAAUGUCUACUUCAAUUGUUUCCUGUCAGCAGUUAUUGAAGUUCCAGCCUAUGUGAUUGCUUGGCUUCUCCUCCGGACCUUACCUCGGUGUUACUCAAUAUCUGGCACACUCUUCCUGGGAGGAGGGGUUAUUCUAUUCAUUCAGCUAGUACCUCCAAGCCUCUACCCUCUGUCUGUUACCUUGGUGAUGUUGGGGAAGUUUGGGAUUACAUCUGCCUUCUCCAUGCUUUACAUCUAUACUGCAGAGCUCUAUCCAACCCUAGUACGAAACAUGGCAGUGGGUGCCACCUCCAUGUCAUCCCGAGUGGGCAGCAUCAUUGCUCCUUACUUUGUUUUCCUUGGUGCCUAUGAUAGAUUUCUGCCUUAUAUCCUAAUGGGCAGCCUCACCGUGCUGGUAGGCAUUCUAACCCUCUUCCUCCCAGAAACCCAUGGGAGCCCUCUACCAGAAACAUUUGAAGAGAUGCUUCGAAUUAAAGGAUUCAGAAACAGAAAACACAGCUACAAAAUAGGAAAUUCAAAGCAGAAUGUACUGAACACCAACAACCCGAGAACAUCAUUGUGAUCGUAUGUCUUUGACUUUUGACAAAAUGGACCAAUAGGACUUGUUAAAAUGUAGUUCUGCACAUGAAUGACGUUAUUAACACUAUGAGGGAGAUGAUCCUACAGUUCACUACAGUGGUGUAUCAAAUGCAUGGAGUUUCUGUCAAGUUACUGUCAGCAUAUGUAAGACUCCUUCAUCAGUAGUUAUUUUUAUGCCUUGGAUUUUGGGCUUGUUACGUGUUUUGUUUUUGUGAAGUCUUGAGCACUUUCAUAUCCUUCAGAUUUAUAUAUUAAGUGGUUUUUAAAAAGCAGGCAAUCAAAUGUUGGGAGAAGUAUAUAGAAUUUCAAAAGUUGUAGUUGAUGCCAUAUCAAGUUCCUUUGAGCCUAAAGUAUUUUUUAAUGCCCUAAGGAACAACUGGACCUAUUAUGUAUCCAACAAUCUGUAGUGUUAUGAACUGAAUGCAGCAUUUUACCAGCAAAGUACUUAUACAGUGGAAUUAAUUAAUUUAGAAAAAUUUAAAGGGAAUAAUACUUGAAAGCAAAAGUUUGACUCUAAUGAAAUGAAGCGAUACAAUUUAAAAGAUUUUGAAAAGCAAGGCACAUUCUUUGAACUUUUCUUGUUGUCAGGAGUAAACACCGGCAAUAUUUUCCUCCAUUGAUUACACCAGAUGAUAUUUCUGAAAUUCCACACCUUUAAACCAGCUGACAUUAAUUGCUAGACUAUAAAGCAAGAACAAUGUCCAUGAUGUAUUCUUUGACCUUCUUUUUCUUUCCUUCUUCCCGUGCACACACAGCUCUACUUCCUGUUCCCCCACACAAAAUUCUUAAAUUCUGCUUGCUUGUAGUAUAUUCACCAAGCUAUUCACUGAGUCUAAACUAACAGCAUUAGAGAUUGUGAUUUCCUGGGACAAGGACUAAUGCAAAAAAGACGUUGUGCUUGUGUUAUCCUGCCAAGAGAAACUAUGCAGAAGCUGGAACUUCAUCAUUUUUUGUUCUAUGUACCAUAAACUUAUACUUUUAAGGCAAACAUAGUAAAUUGUUUUUAAAAAGUGAUGAGUGUGCUGCCUAUAACCAUAGUUAUUGCCUCUUGAGCUUUUGAAGAACUUAUUUGCUGAGAAAAAAUACUAGCAAAAUAAUUCUUUAGAAAGCAGCUAGUGAACCAGCAUUGGCAUAUAUACCCAGUAAUGCUCAGAUGCAAUUUAUUGCACACUUAACUGUAAAAUUGCCACAAACAGCCCAUGUCAUUGCUGUUAACGUAUGAAACAGAACUGAUAAAAGAUGAAGAACUAACAUGGACAUAGCUUCUUUUCACUUCCUAAAGCCCCAAGUUAUCAAUAUGCCACAUGUAUUCUUGUUUUCUGACAUCAGGUCUUAUCUGUAGCAAAUUGAAAGACUGAACUUGUGGCAAGGAAUCCUGUGUUAAAUUGGAUUCCUUUUCUUUAGUCAUGUCCUCUACAAAACUUAAGGGUCUGAUAUUCCACAUUCUACAUGGAGACUCGUGUCUUCCUUGGAACAGCAAUUUGGAGUAGGGUUGGAGAGCAAACUCUGCCAGAGUUCUUGAAUUUAAGCACCCUUCCUGAUCUGAAGGUGACACAUUUGGGACUAAUUGCAAUUAGCCUAAGAAACCUACUAAGCGUUCUUGAGAAAGAAUGCUGUAAAUCUACAUUCCAAAAUUAGCUAAUUUUUCAGGAAAUUUUUCAGGAAGCAUUACACUGAAAGGAGGGAUUGUUAAAUUUCAUCUGCUCUGUUUAUCAUUAUUUAAAAAUUUUGGAAAAUGGUACUUGACUAUUUUAAUAAGUCUUUUUUUUAAAAAAUGCACAACAAAUUUCCAUACAUAACAUAAUUCUACCAAGUAUUUUGGUUAGGGUUUGCUAUUAGUGCUCUAGUUAUCAUACCCAAAUGUUAUUCUGUGACUGGAAAGUUUUAAGCAAUGGCUACAGUUUCUUGGUAAGAAGCCUGAUGAUCUCAAUUGCUCUCCCAGGCAGGCUUUUCAUAUCUGUAAUGGAUACAGUUGUUUGUGUGAUGUGUAUGUAACAUGGCAUAUGUUUAUGUAGGUAUUUUACACAAAAAUAAUGAUAUUGAUCCUGUUUUACAUUGCUGUAACUAUUUUUAAAGUUUUAGGUAUUUAUUUUUUGUUUGUUUGUUCCUUUGACAAUUUAAGAUUCUCUCACUUUUUGACAAUUUCCAAUUUAGUUCCUUAGGCAGUGAUAUACGCCUAAACAUAGAGCUGCACAUUCUAAAGAUUGUGAUACUGUAAAAUAAUUGUUUUAGAAGGAUACAUUCUGUAAAGAUUUCCCUAAUAUUUUAUACAGUAUAAAGUCAUGGGAGUAUUGUAACCUUUUAACACAUGUGUGGUAGUGUAAUGAUUUUGCUCAGUACUAGAAACUAUGGAACUGAGUCCCUGCUUACUCUCAUGUAAUUUAACUUCUGAAGUAUGAUGUGUAACUACAUAUUCAGCUGAAGAAAUGCACCAUGGUAUUUCUAUGUGUAUUACAUGUGCUAUAAAACCUUGAGCACUGCAGGGACUAGAAUGGAUUCUAACAUGUUAAAUCUUUACAGUAUUGAACAUUUAAAGUGUUGUGGUGUGUUUGGUGGGUGAGGGGUGAUAGUUCUAAGUAAAAUGUACAUCUUCUGCCUUAAGUUCUCUCAGGAAUUUGCCAGGUGGUGGUUGCACUAGUCCAAAGAUGAUAAAUGGAAAGACUUCUGAUGUUGGGACCUUAUUUGUCCUUUGCUUUUCUUUACGAUAAAUCCUCCAGACAGUAUAGACUCAAACUUUGAUUUACUGUUUGGGGACUAGUUCAUCUUUCUACUACAGCCCUAUAUAACUUUGGUGAAACCUAGCUUAUCAACUAUGUAUGGAUAAAGCAGCAGGAUAAAGCUCCCUGUUUUUGCUCCCUGCUUGGAUACAAAUUAGAACAGUGCCAGGCACCCAAUAGGCAGUAAUAAAUAACUAUCUGGCUUAGAGGGCUGACAAGUUAUGGUGAACGGGCCCGUUCUAUGGCAACCUCUGUAAAGUGCCUGCUGGUGGGUUUGGUGUAGGAUGAUUAAAAUGGGUUAACAAAAGUGAUCCUGCUAAACUGAGUGGGGGUUGCCCUUUCCCUAGACUUUGCCAGCUUCCAUUUGAUACAUUCCCUCUCCAUUCCAUGUUAUAUCUGAAUGAUGUAGAGUAUUUGUUUAGAUCUCCAAAGGUUUGUUUGUUUGAGUUCUGAAAUGUGCUAUGCAUCAACGUGUAACUUUUGCUGCUUUAUUUUUCCUCAUUGACAUUAAAAAAUGCACUAAUCUGA